UAAAACCUCUAACACUCGUAUCUUCCUUCAAAUGAUAAAAGGGCCCACAUAAAAAAAAGCCUAAAGUUGAAGCAAAAACGCAACCAAAACAAAAAGGUGUAAUAUAUAACCGUGGAAUUAGGGGUGGAAAUCGAGUUGUUUGAUUCAGGUUGAGGUCGGUUUCAUAAUAGUGACGAAAUUCGUUAUCUGCAGAGUAACUGAGAGGCAGGCAUAGAGUGUACCUUCGAAACCCCAUACCCCACUCAUCUCUAUAAAAUUUGUGUAUUGUAUUGUUCGGUUGCUCUUAUUAUUAUUAUCUCACAAAGUGUUCCGAAUUUUAAGGAGAGAGAAAAGGAAGAUGGAUCAUGCUGGGGAUGCAAUGCGUACGGACUUGAUGACCAUAACACGGUAUGUGUUGAAUGAGCAGUCCAAACGCCCCGAGUCUCGUGGUGAUUUCACAAUUCUUCUCAGUCACAUUGUUCUUGGCUGCAAAUUUGUUUGCUCUGCUGUUAACAAGGCUGGUCUUGCCAAGCUCAUAGGACUUGCAGGGGAGACUAACAUUCAGGGUGAAGAGCAAAAGAAGCUAGAUGUGCUCUCAAAUGAAGUUUUUGUUAAGGCUUUGACAAGUAGUGGCCGAACUUGCAUCCUUGUGUCUGAAGAGGACGAGGAGGCAACAUUCAUUGAGCCAUCUCUGCGUGGAAAGUAUUGUGUUGUAUUUGACCCUCUGGAUGGAUCUUCCAACAUUGACUGUGGUGUUUCAAUUGGCACGAUAUUUGGGAUUUACAUGGUCAAAGAUUUUGAAACUGCGACUCUUGAAGAUGUCCUGCAACCUGGAAAGAAUAUGGUAGCUGCUGGUUAUUGCAUGUAUGGGAGCUCUUGCACGCUUGUUUUGAGCACUGGAAGCGGUGUUAAUGGUUUCACUCUAGAUCCAUCUCUUGGAGAGUAUAUUUUAACUCAUCCAGACAUCAAGAUUCCAAACAAGGGUAAGAUCUAUUCAGUGAAUGAAGGCAAUGCAAAGAAUUGGGAUGGCCCAACAACAAAGUAUGUGGAAAAAUGUAAGUUCCCGACAGAUGGUUCAUCACCCAAGUCUCUCAGAUACAUUGGAAGUAUGGUAGCUGAUGUUCAUCGCACUUUACUAUAUGGUGGCAUCUUUUUGUACCCUGGUGAUAAGAAGAGCCCCAACGGAAAACUAAGAGUUCUCUACGAGGUCUUUCCAAUGUCCUUCUUAAUGGAACAAGCUGGCGGACAAGCUUUUACCGGCAAACAACGGGCACUUGACUUGAUCCCGACAAAAAUACAUGAACGCUCACCAGUAUUCCUCGGCAGCUAUGAUGAUGUUGAAGACAUCAAAGCCCUCUAUGCUGCUCAAGAGAAGACGGCCUGAACGUCAGCAGUUGUUAGAUCCAUCUUAAAGUAACUCUUCCUAAAAUUACAUCUAUCAUCACACAGUGCGUUGCAAGAAUACUUUGUGCUCUUGUAUAUUCUCCAUAAAUGUGCAUAACAUAGGAAUACUUUACCUUUGGAUGAGCACUCAUCGAUCUUGUCAAACACACUAUAUUUCUUACUUAAUGUCAUUGGUAAUUCACCUUCGUUUCACUCA